CAAGUAGAUUGACAGAUGAGAAAAUCGAUGUAACUUUUUCAUGAUAGUGUACAGAUAAUAAUUACAACACCAUAAUAUGCUUUUCUUUUUCUGAAGAGGCAAAAAUAGUUGAAGAAUAUUAUACAGGAAACAGAGUGGCAAUGUCAACAAGCAGUAACUUGGUAGUACCAGUGGUACUAUGGGGAAGAAAGCCACCAACCCACUGUAUUGCUGCAAUACUGAUGACCCCAGAUCAGAAGAAUAUAGUGACAGGAUGCAAUGAUGGACAGAUUGCUAUUUGGGAUGUUGCUAAGAAUUCCCAGAUCUUCCCACGCAGUAUGUUGUUUGGUCACACCGCUGCCAUAAGCUGCCUGGCACUAGGUAGUGAAAAAGCAGAUACCCCUUACAUUGUUAGUGCUUCAGAGAAUGGAGAGAUGUGUUUAUGGGACAUUAGUGAUGGUAGGUGUGUUGAAAGUACAAAGAUGCCCCACAUCCACACCUGUAUGCAGGCUUACCAUUUUCAAGUAUCCAAGGAUGUUCGCUUAGUGUGUAAUGGUUACUAUCCAGAGAUCUUUAUCAUUAAUCCUAACUCCUUAGAAAUCCUUUACACACUGUCAUCUAAGAUAGCACCAGACUGGAUCAGUGCCUGUUGUAUCAUUCAUCCAGUCACAAAAGAUGGCCGCUCUGUUUGUCAAGAUGAUGUUGUGGUAGCCAUUUCAAACUCUGGAGCUGUUAAGGUUUGGACACUGACUGGCAAUGAAGCCAUGACACAGCCAGUGUAUGAGAACGAGUCAAAACAGAUCCGCUGUCUGAAUGCUCAAACUUUGACAUGCUGCCCAUACAAUCAGAGGACAGUUCUUAUUGUUUGUUCUAAAUACUGGCAGAUAUACGAUGCAGGAGACUUCACCCUGCUAUGUUCGGAGUCUAACAGGUGUGGUGAGCGUUGGUCAGGUGGAGACUUCAUUAGUGUGGACAAAGUCAUCGUUUGGAGUAAUGAGGGCAAAGGUUACCUGUAUAAGCUGCCUGUCAGUUUGCUUAAGGGGAAAGUAUUGGAAAGUGCCAAUGCGGAGAGUGUGGAGUACCGUAAACCCUCUAAUCAGACCUCACCACAUGCCUACUACAUCCUGGACAUGUUUUCCGAGUCUUCCAUGGCUUGUUCUCCUGCUAUGACAUUCCAUAUUGGUAGAAGUGACAGACCGGGUCGAUAUUUGCUCCGGGGAGACUCGGAGGGACAGAUUGUGAUGUGGACCCUCCCCGAGGUCACGGAGAGACAGAUGACCUUGGUCCGCCAGGAGAGCUUUGACAGAUUACCAGCUCUGCCUCCACGAUGCAGCACCUCCCUGGCUGAUGUUUGGGAAAAUCUACAUUAUCCUCCAGCAGGCAUCAUUGAUGGGCUGUGUGACGAGAAUAAUCAGCCAUUAGCCAUUACUUCUACUAUCUACAUUCCAUCACAAGGAAAAGUGGCCUGUGGUAGAGAGAAUGGCUCCAUUGUAAUAGCACCAGCCUCACAGAGCAUUAUCUUACAACUUCUAGAAACAGAGGAGUUCAAACACAAAGAUGUACCAGUAAAGAUUUUACAUGGACACCAUGGUUGUGUGACCAGCCUACUGUACCCAUUCAAUGAGAGUACGCGGUAUGAGCCCCAACACUUACUGUCUGGUGGGGCAGACUUCUCUGUCAUGCUGUGGGACAUCUACACUGGCAGUAAACUUCACACCUUUACAGUCCAUGGAGGGGAGAUCACUCAGUUACUGUGCCCUCCAAACAACUGUAAUCCCCGGAUUCUGCCCUGUGUUUGUUCUGUGGCCAGUGACCACUCUGUGACACUGCUGAGUCUGAGGGAGAGGAAGUGUAUUAUGCUGGCCGGUCGACAUCUGUUUCCUGUUCAGACCAUCAAAUGGAGACCGCUGGACGAUUUCAUGGUGGUCAGCUGCUCUGAUGGAACAGUGUACGUGUGGCAGAUGGAGACAGGUCACCUUGAUAGAGUUGUUCAUGGAAUAACAGCAGAGGAAAUCCUGAAUAACUGUGAUGAGAAUGCCACACCUUUGGAGAGCCUCAUUAAUCCUAACAUAACCUUGACCCAGGCCCUUAAACGACGUAACUUGGCAACCUUUAAGAACUUGGCCCAGCAGAAGUUUCAGAUUCAGUCAGGGACCAUCCCGCAGUCCUCUGCUCACAGGAAUGACUACCUUAAACAGCAGACCUACCCAAUGUUUAUACAGGGUGUUAGAGCCAAUCUGAAGGACCCAGACAUUCAUAUCCUCUUCUUUGAUACAGAAUCUUUGAUUGUUCAACUCCUGACUGAAGAAUAUUCCACAAUGUCACCAGGAGAACUGGAGGCUAAAGGUUUUCUACCGUAUACAGCUGCUAGUGGACAGAACAGUCCUGCUCGGUCAGAAUCCAGCUCCAGAGGGGGAUCCCCGGCCCACACAGCCUCACCUAGCCACAAAACAGUCACCUACAAUGAGAGGAGCCUCACCCUAGACAUAGCCCAGCUCUUCUUAUCUUGUCUCCAUGCCUGGGGACUUGACCCUGACUUAGAUAAACUCUGUAUGAAUAAAUUAGGACUGUUGCAGCCAAGGUGUCCAAUAUCAUUCGGAUUAAUUUCACGCAGUGGUCACAUGUCUCUGAUGCUCCCUGGCUGGCACAAGCGUUUCUGUCAGGAAGAAAUAAUGGAAAUCAUGUCUAAUGAAUCCGCAACCCCUUCAGGUAAAGUGACAUUGAUGCAGCAGGCCCGGUCAGCCUCCACGGGGCAGUUUGAUAAGAAGUCCAUGGCUCUGGCCCAGAGACAUGGAUUGGUCCAGUCGGAUUACACGGAUAGUGACCAAGAUAGUGAUCCGGGCAGUAAGAAAAGUGUGCCAGCGAAAAGUCCAGCUGCUGUCCAGAAUGAAAUGAAGGCAUUCUCUACAAAGGCUCGAUGGCAGAUCUCUUCUGCAGUGACAACUAAUCAUCUGUUGUCUAUCAUCUCUGUGGCAAAUACUCUGAUGAGCAUGAGUCACGCCACUUUUAUUGCAGAAAAGAGCAGGAAAAAGAGGAGGGGAAGCAGAAAGAGAUUUACUGGUCACCUGGGUUUAGUUGUGGCUGAAUCCCUGGACAGUCCCAGCACUAGUGAUGAUGAGACAGAUGCCAUAAUGAUGCAGCAGUCUCAGAUAAAGCAGGGAUGGAGUCUGAAAGCGGCUCUACACUGUGUCUUACUGCCAGAAAUGGUGGGACCGGAAUUCCUCAAACCGCCCCAGCUAGAGAUGUUAGCUAGGAGGUGGCAGGACAGGUGUCUAGAGAUCCGUGAAGCAGCUCAGGCUUUGCUGUUGGCUGAAUUAAGAAGGAUUGGACCAGAAGGAAGAAAGGAGAUACUGGACCAGUGGUCACCAUUCCUGCCUACUUACGUAGAUCCACAGCUGAGUCUGAUGAACGCCGAGUCACUGCAGAAAAAUGCUAAAGUAGGUGAGUUACGACUGUACUAGAAGAUCAGUUAGGAGGAUCCAAUGAUUAACGAUACACCUCUUCAGAAAGCUUCAUCCUCAUUUGAAAGCAGAAGAAAGCAGGCCACAGCUAUUGUAAUGCUGGGAGUUAUUGGAGCUGAGUUUGGACAUGAAAUAGAACCAAGUCGACGUAAACCUGAGGAUAUCAAGAAAGGCAAGAAAUCAGCCCAGGAAGGAUUUACCUUGAAGAAUUAUUCUCUUUCCAGACAUACAAGUAAAGCUUUGACAUUCCUUUUACAACAACCUCCAAGCAAAAAGCUUCCUGCAUACUCUCCUAUCCGCAGGGCUGCAAUUGAUUUGAUUGGUCGAGGUUUCACAGUUUGGGAGCCAUAUUUAGAUGUUUCUGCUGUUUUGUUAGGACUUCUAGAACUUUGUAUAGAUUGUGAUCGUUUAGUGCCAAGUCUGACAUAUGGUCUUCCAUUGAGCCCUGCAGCUGAUGCCUGCCGGACAGCUAGACAUGCUCUCUCCCUCAUAGCUACUGCUAGACCCCCAGCAUUUAUCAUCACCAUGGCUAAAGAAGUGGCUCGACUCAAUGCCCUGGCCCAGACAGCUCAGGCUCAGCACUCACAGAUCAUGAACUCAGUGCUGGUCAGAGGAAAAUCAGAAAUACUCAAGACUAUAGAGCUUCUAGUGGAGAAAAUGCCCAGCGAUGUGGCAGAUCAGUUGGUAGAGGCAAUGGAUGUCACCAUACACUGUCUAGACAUAAACCAAUUGAAGACCAAAGGCUUACAGGAAUUAUUCCCUGCUAUAUGCAGGUUCAGCAUGGUUUGUGUGUGUCCUGUUACCAAGAGAAUUUGGGUGGGAGCCAAGAAUGGAGGCCUAGCAUUUUAUGAUUUAAAGCAGCAUUCCAAGUGUCAGAUGAUCCAAGCCCACUCGGGUCCAGUGAUUGCAGUCUCUGUGUCCACAGAUGGAAAGUUUCUAGUGACGUACUCCCACGUGGACAGCAGACUCAAAUUUUGGCAGACGGCCUCCUCCUCAUUGUUUGGUAUUGGAUCUCAGCAGAUGAAGUGUGUCAAACAGACGGCCACUCCUCCCAUACCGGUCACAAACCUGACCAAUCUCCUCAAACUUGUCCGCCUGGUGUGGGUAGACAAUCGGACAAUCGUUAUGUUAACAGUAGAUGGCAAGGAGAGGAAAUAUUCUGUGUAAUAUACAUUUUGUAGAACCUGAUACAUAUAUAGUACACUGUAUAUACAUGUACAUGUAUGGUAACUGGCACAAGAACAGAAAUAUUGUAAAUAUUCUCCAUAUAUUGUACUGUGUUCUCUCAAGCUAGUUCUCUGGGCAUAUAUUAGAUUGUGGACCUGUAUUAUGUUUGAAAUGCUAUGUAUUUUUUUCUGUUAUAUUUUGUCAUUAUGGUUAAGUUGAAAAUAUUUAUAUAAAGAUGAAGUAAAUUGAUCAUUAUGUAAAUAUAUUUAUUUUAAAUGUGUAUGUACAUGUACAUUUUGCAGUAUAUAUGAGGCAUGUAAACUAACAGGAUUGCAUGAUGCAUGUAUGACCAUAGUGACUGCGUUUCUUUUUCAUAAAAUAUUUUAAUGUUUUAGAUUACAUUCCUUAAAAUGUAAUAAAGAUGAUGUUAUUUUAUUACAUUCCUUAAAAUGUAAUACAUUUUAUGUUAUUUUUA